AUGCAAACUGAUUUAGAUCAAAAUGUAAUAUUGAAUGUCGGCGGAACAAAGUUUGAAACAAAAAUUUCAACCUUAUUAUCACAACCUGACACAUUGCUCGGAAAAAUGUUUCAUCCAAGAAACAGAUCACUCUUAAAACCAACACAUAGAGAUAAUGAAUAUUUCUUUGACAGGAAUCCAAAAGCAUUCUAUUAUAUUUUAGAAUAUUAUCGUACUGAAGAUAAUGCCGGAGAAAUAGAUGAAGAAAAUCAAUUUGUAGAUAACAAUGAAACGUUAACAUUGGAAAUGAUGAAAAAAGAAUUAGAUUAUUUUAAUAUUGAGAUGAGCAUGAAAGAAUUGAAUUUAGCAGAGAAAGCAGCAGCAGAAAUUUUUACGAAAUUUAUUAAAGCAAUUGAAAAUCUAAUCUAUGAAGCAAUUAGAACAUUCUCAAGCUCUAUCACAAUCGAAUUCUUUAGUUCUUCAAAAUCGCCCUCAAUCCAAUUCAAUGACACACCAAUGAAAGAUAAACUUCUUGAAUACAAAUUUAUUGGUUAUGGGAUUUUAGAUCACUUUGAUGAAAGUUACUUAUCAGAUUGUUUAACCAGAAGUUUUCCUUUUAUGGAUGUAUAUCUUGAAACUGAAAUAAAAUAUAAUUCUUGUGUGAUUUACUUGUUUGAAAGUGCCGCAAUUCGUGAUAUUACAGAGGCUUCAGUUUACGAUGAAUACGCACUUCCAAAAUUAUACAUAAAAGUACAUUAUUGUGUUUCUUGUGCCAUCCAUUCUCACAUAGUCAGAGUUAGAUCUCGUGAAGGCCGUCGUAAUCGUGCUCCUCCACCAAGAAUUCGUUAUAAUAAGGACGGGAAAAAGAUUAAUCCUACUGUUCAACAAAAAAAUGCUGCCUAA